AUGAAGACCCCUCUUCGAAUCGCUAUCCUCGAGUGUGAUACACCGCCAGAUGAUCUUGUGGCUAGGUUCGGCAAGUAUGGCAAGGUUUUUACGACGCUCCUCGAGAAGGCAGCAGACGAUUUGGGCAGGACGGGAUUCUCCAAGGACGAUUUGAAGUUGAGCGCAUACGACGUGGUAACAGAACAAAAAUAUCCUAGCCUAGACGACGUGGAUGCUGUUCUCAUCAGUGGAUCCAAGUACAACUCUUUUGAUAACGAUGCAUGGAUUCUCAAACUGGUCGAGUUCACCGAGAAACUACUCAAGCAGGAUCGCGUUCGCACGAUCGGUGUGUGCUUCGGCCACCAAAUCCUCGGCCGGGCAGCUGGGGCAAAGGUUGGCCGAAGCGACGGAGGAUGGGAGGUCGCUGUGCUGCCCGUUGAGUUGACAGAGAAGGGUAAAGAGAUCUUCCAGCAAGACAAACUUAGCAUCCAUCAGAUGCACAGAGACGUUGUGUUCGAGUAUCCAGAGGGUGUGGAAGCUCUGGGUGGAUCUCCGCGGUGCCUCGUGCAAGGCAUGUACCAGAAGGGAAAGCUUAUCUCUGUGCAAGGCCAUCCAGAGUUCCACGAGGCUUUUGUGGAUUAUUUGAUCAAGAUGCGCAACAAGCAAGGUAUCUUCAACGACGCAGAGGCCCAGGAUGCGCUGGAUCGAGUGGGAAAGCACCACGAUGGAGUGACGAUUGCGAAGGCGUUCCUGCGAUUUCUGCUGGACGAUUAG